AUGAAGUUCUUAAUAGUGUGUUCAGCUCUUUUAGUUUUGGCUGCUGCUCAGCCUGCUAAGCUUGAAGGGUGGAAAAGUACCAGCAUUGAUGCUAUGGUAGAGCAAACCAAAUCUGAGUGUGCACAGAACAAUGACGAAAUGGCUUGCAUGAAGUUCAAGGCUCUUAACUUAUUGGAUCAAAUCUUCCGCAAAGAUAACUUUAAGGUUUCAGACUCAGUUGAGGUGACACGUAAUUCUCAACCAGUAGAAGAAUCAUCAGCCCGUAGCGAAGGAUCUUUACUUGAUACCGUUCAAAACUACCUUAUCUCCCACGAUGUAACAUUCAAACUUCCGUUAGAAUCAGCAGUAAAAGUGAGUGCGAGAAACAUUGAGGAUGAUCGAAUCUCUUUCGAUGUCAAGUUCGGUCAAGGUCGUGCAGUUGAAGAAGCCCGUAAAUCCAAGUUAAAGAAGGUCAUCAUCCCAAUCCUCGUGUUCGUUUUGCUGAAGGCGAUGACUCUCAUCCCUCUGGCUAUUGGUGUCCUUGGACUCAAAGCAUGGAAUGCUCUCCAACUAUCCUUCUUCAGCUUUGUAGUUUCGGUUGGGUUAGCUAUUUUCCAAUUAUGUAAGAAAAUUGCUGCUGAGAGUCAUUCUGCACCAAUCGCUGCCCAUGGGCCAUGGGAAUACCAAGCUGCACAAUACCGAUCCUUCCAAGAAGAGCCUGUCGCUGCAGCUCAAAAUCUUGCAUACUCUGCUUAUGCUCCAGUAGCUUAAUCUAUUUAUAUUACCACCGAUUUUUAUCUUUAUGGAUAAUACUUUUGUACAAUAAUUUUCACUUAUUUAUGUAUUAUUUAAUAAAUUAUUGAUUAAAUUCAA